UAUAGAGGUUAUGUAAAUCUUUAACAUUUAUAACAAGUCAUUUAGAUAGGACAAGGCACCACGUGCGUCUGAAAUCAUUUAUCUGAUAAGAUAGAUUGACUGAUUAUGACUCAGUAAAGGAAGCAAAGUAAUUGUUGGUACACCCCAUUCUUCUGGUAACAAUGUUGGCGGCCUCUGUGCUUCUGUCGGUAUGUGCGGCUGUGAUGGGUGCCCCUCCAAACCUCCACAACCCUCCUGCAGCGCCCAAUCUGGACUUGCUACUCAACCACGGUGACCUCCACAAUGUGAAUGGCCUUACGUCUAAGAGGGAAGCAGACCGUCCCAUUGAGAACAUGUACAAUGCACUCGAUGUGCAGUCCAUGGUCAAGGCUUUUGAUCCUAAGCUGGUGGUAGUCAACGAGCAGCACGGAGAGUUGCCUGCAGGGAUCCACGACGCCCUAGUGAAGAGCCUCAUCUCUGACCUCCACGCUGCAGAUGUACCUGUCGUGUACGCUCAGAAACGCAACAUCCCCCUCGCCUAGACUAGGGGUUGAGCCUCCUCGAUGUUACUGUUUUGAAGGAUGUAAGGAUAUUUAUAAACUUAAGAAAUAAAUAAACCUGAUUGCAUUUUGUUUAAA